AUGAACGCCAGUGGCCCUGGCUAUCCGUUAGCCUCUCUCUACGUGGGGGACCUCCACCCAGACGUGACUGAAGCCAUGCUCUACGAGAAGUUCUCCCCUGCUGGGCCCAUCAUGUCCAUCCGCGUCUGUCGGGACGUGGCCACACGCCGAUCGCUGGGCUAUGCCUACAUAAACUUCCAGCAGCCUGUGGAUGCUGAGCGGGCCCUGGACACCAUGAACUUUGAAGUGAUCAAAGGUCGUCCCAUCCGCAUCAUGUGGUCCCAGCGGGACCCUGGGCUCCGGAAAUCAGGUGUUGGAAAUGUCUUCAUCAAGAACCUGGAUGACUCCAUUGAUAAUAAAGCCCUGUAUGACACAUUCUCUGCCUUUGGAAACAUCCUGUCGUGCAAGGUGGUUUGUGAUGAGAACGGGUCCCGUGGCUAUGGCUUUGUUCACUUUGAGACCCACGAGGCAGCGACUCGGGCCAUCGAGACCAUGAAUGGGAUGUUGCUCAAUGACAGGAAGGUAUUUGUUGGCCAUUUCAAGUCCCGCAAAGAGCGCGAGGCCGAGUUUGGGGCGCGGGCGAUGGAGUUCACCAACGUCUACAUCAAAAACUUUGGGGAUGACAUGGAUGAUGACAGACUGAGGGAAAUAUUCUCCAAGUUUGGGAAGACACUGAGUGUCAAAGUCAUGAUGGACAGCACUGGCCGCUCCAAGGGCUUUGGGUUUGUCAACUUUGAGAAGCACGAAGAAGCCCAAAAGGCAGUGGCCGACAUGAACGGGAAGGAGAUCAACGGGCGGCUGGUCUAUGUGGGCCGAGCCCAGAAGCGGCUGGAGCGCCAGAGUGAGCUGAAGAGGAAAUUCGAGCAGAUCAAGCAGGAGCGAGUGAGCAGGUACCAGGGUGUCAACCUGUAUGUGAAGAACCUGGAUGAUGGGAUAGAUGAUGAGAGGCUGAGGAAGGAGUUCUCUCCCUAUGGCACCAUCACCAGUGCCAAGGUGAUGACAGAGGGUGGCCACAGCAAAGGGUUUGGGUUUGUAUGUUUUUCCUCCCCAGAAGAGGCUACCAAGGCCGUGACAGAAAUGAACGGGCGGAUCGUCAGCACCAAACCUCUCUAUGUCGCGCUCGCUCAGAGGAAAGAGGAGAGGAAAGCAAUCCUCACCAACCAGUACAUGCAGAGACUGGCCACCAUGAGGGCUCUGCCCGGCCCUCUCCUGGGCUCCUUCCAGCCCCACCCGGGGUACUUCCUACCCCCCAUCCCUCAGCCACAAACCAGAGCUGCCUUCUACAGCCCCAGCCCAGUUGUCCCCAUCCGUCCUGCCGCCCGCUGGACUGCACAGCCCUCCCGGCCACCCCCGUAUCCUGCAGCCACCCCCAUCCUGAGGGCUGCUGCCCAGCCCCGCCGCCUGCUCUCCAACAUCAGCACCAUGAGACAAGCCUCCACCCAAGUGCCCCGUGUGCCCUCCCAGGCCCAGAGAGUGGGAGAACCUGCUGUGCACGUGCAAGGGCAGGAACCACUGACAGCAUCCAUGCUUGCAGCAGCCCCUCCUCAGGAGCAGAAGCAGAUGAUAGGUGAGCGGCUCUACCCUCUGAUCCAGGCGCUGCAUCCCUCCCUGGCCGGGAAGAUCACUGGGAUGCUGCUGGAGAUCGACAACUCGGAGCUGCUGCUGCUCCUGGAGUCUCCUGACUCCCUACAUGCCAAGAUAGAGGAGGCAGUGGCUGUUCUCCAAGCACACCAGGCCACCGAGGCCCCUCACAAGAGCAGCUCCAUGCCAUUCCUGCAGUGA